CCCACUUUCCUUGUCGUUAAGACAUCACAUUCUUUGUUGCAAUACGCUGGUCGGUUUAUCUGUCACUGCGCUCCAGAAGCUGCAUUCGCCUGUACCUGUCCAUACCCCUGAAGUUUUACGCCUUGGAAUUUCCACGCAUCAGUAACCAACAUCAACAUGUCCUCCUCCACCUCCACCAUGAAGCUCAGUCUCCUGGCUCUUGUUUCGGUCGCAGCUGCUGUACCACACUAUGGCGCACACAGCAAGUUCCACAGCCUCAAGGCGUCUAGCCAAGGAAAGCCCUAUCCAUCCGGCGGCUGGUCUGGUAACUACAACAGCACUGCUGUCCCAUAUCCAACCGGUGCUGGGGACGAUAAGACUACCACCAUCCACAAGACCUCGACGUCAACCCACACCAUCGUCUCAACCAUCCGUGUCAAGCCCUCUGCCUCUGCUACCAUCGGUGUGUCCGCUGCGGACGCUCCUACUGGUCAGUGUGGUGCCACCGUGACUGUGACUGCCUCUGAGAAGGUCACUAUCACUGUCACCCCAAGCGGUGGCUAUGAUGCUCCGUCAUCCACGCCUGCUGUCGAGAAGCCUACUACCACCCCGGCUACCGAGUACUCUGCCGCCACUCCCAAGGGCAAGCAGCCCGCUACCACCCCGGCUGCUGAGUAUCCUGCAGAGACUCCCAAGGCUGAGCAGACGACCUCUUCCAAGGUUGAGAAACCUGUCGUCCCCACACCUUUUGUUGCUCCGUCCUUGGCCCAGAAGGAGCCUGUUGCCUAUAGCAGUGCUGUACCCAGCGCUGUCUCCAGCGCCGCCUCUAGCGCCGCCCCCUCUGCUACUCCCUCGUCAGGUGGAGGCUCUUACACCGGCGUUAAGCGUGGUCUUGCCUACAACGAUGCCGGUCUCUGCAAGACUUUCGGCAGCAACUACGGCUUCGGCUACAACUGGGGCCAAGUCGAGAACAAUGACAUCGGCACCAAGUUCAUCCCCACCAUGCAUGGACCUUCCAAGUCGACUGCCGAGGAGUGGCUCGCCAACGUUGACAAGGCCGUCAAGAAGGGCUCCAACGCCGUCAUGGGUUUCAACGAGUGCGAUCACGCCGAGCAGUGCAACUUGAGCCCCGAAGCUGCCUGCUCCGCCUGGAAGCAGUACAUGAACCCCGUCAAGUCCAAGUACCCCGAGGUCACUGUCAUCGGUCCCUCCGUUACCAACGGUGCGGCGCCCAUGGGUCUCGACUGGCUCGAUCGCUUCCACACUGCUUGCUCUGACGCUGUUGUUGAUGCCACCAACAUCCAUUUCUACGACAUCUACGAGACCGCCACCAUCGACCGCUUCAAGGCCCAGGUCGAGAAGGCUGCCAAGAUCUACGGCAAGAAGGUCUGGAUCACCGAGUUCGGUCUCAACCCUGGAUCCGCUACCCCAGAGCAGGCUGCCAGCUUCCUCAAGGAUGCUAUGACCUACCUUGACAACUCCGACAAGGUACAGGGCUACUCGUGGUUCAUGGUUGGCAGCGGUGAGAACCAGCUCAACUCGGGCAGUGGUCUCUCUGCUCUUGGUAAGCUCUACGCUGGUUCUUACUAA